GAAGCAGUAGCAAAGUUUCUUGAUGCUUCUGGAGCAAAACUUGAUUACUGCCGAUAUGCAGAAACACUCUUUGACAUUCUGGUGGCCGGUGGAAUGCUGGCCCCAGGUUUUUAACAAGUUAAUCAGGUGCUACAAAUACCUGGAGAAAGGUUUUGAAGAUGAGGUUAAAAAGCUGCUGCUGUUCUUAAAGGGUUUUUCAGAGUCGGAGAGGAACAACCUAGCUAUGUUGACCGGUGUCCUUCUGGCUAAUGGAACACUUAAUGCAUCCACUCUUAAUAGCCUUUAUAAUGAGAAUUUGGUUAAAGGGGUUUCAGCAGCUUUGGUUGUAAAGCUCUUUAAAUCAUGGAUAAAUGAAAAAGAUAUCAAUGCAGUAGCUCCAAGUCUUUGGAAAGUGAGCAUGGAUAACAGACUGAUGGAACUUUUUCCUGCCAAUAAACAAAGCAUUGAACACUUCACAAAGUAUUUUACCGAGGCAGGCUUGAAAGAGCUUUCAGAGUAUGUUUGGAAUCAGCAAACCACAGGAGCUCGUAAGGAACUCCAGAAAGAACUUCAAGAACAGAUGUCUCGUGGUGAUCCAUUUAAGGAUAAAAUUUUGUAUGUCAAGGAGGAGAUGAAAAAAAACAACAUCCCAGAACCAGUUGUCAUCGGAAUAGUAUGGUCCAGUGUAAUGAGCACCGUGGAAUGGAACAAAAAAGAGGAGCUUGUAGCAGAGCAAGCCAUCAAGCGCUUGAAGCAAUACAGCCCUCUCCUUGCUGCCUUUACAACUCAAGGUCAGUCUGAGCUGACUCCGUUACUGAAGAUUCAGGAGUAUUGCUAUGACGACAUUCGUUUCAUGAAAGCCUUCCAGAAAAUAGUGCUGCUCUUUUAUAAAGCUGAAGUUCUGAGUGAAGAACCCAUUCUGAAAUGGUAUAAAGAUGCACAUGCUGCCAAGGGGAAAAGUGUUAUCCUUGAGCAAAUGAAAAAGUUUGGAGAGUGGCUCAAAAAUGCUGAAGAAGAAUCUGAGUCUGAAGCUGAAGAGGGUGACUGAAUUUGAAACUACACCCUCAGUAAAGCAAACAGGAGUUGUAGAUAAAAUGUCAUGUCUCAUGUGUCCUGGUUCUUACAUCUUCCUACCUCCCUAUAUCAAGCAUGAUAUAAGGGCUUUCAUGGCAAAGUUUAUUUUAACUGUUCCUAUGGUUACUGGAAAUGUUGGAUUUAGUUUCUAAAGCCAUGUUUUAGAACUAGUCUAUCUGGGAGAAUCCUUCUUUGUCUCUUCCAGCUUCUAGUGACCCCUAGUGCUCCCUGGCUUUGGACAGCAUAACUCCAAUCUCUGCUCCUGUCUUCACAUGGCCUCCUCUCCUCUUUUUGUAAGUACACUAAUCAUUGGAUUUAAGGCCCACCCUACAUCCAGGAUGAUAUAACCUAGAGAUCUUUAACUAAUGACAUCUGCAAAGACCCUAUUUCCAAAUAACAUCACAUUCUGAAGUUUCCUGGGGACAGGAAUUUUGGGGCAAUUACUACUUAACCCAUAAAACAGAUUUUUGUUUCGUUUUGUUAUUCCAUGUUUUUAUUGUUGAGUCCUAAUUUAGCUACACUGUAGUCAAAGAAGCUGUUCUUUUUGAACAUCAGUUCUUCAAAACCAACAGCUUCAUCAAUUUUU